CGUCUCCCCUCCACUGCUUCUCCCCCUCGACGGAGGACGGACAAUCACAGAAAACGAAACACAGGCAUCCAUGGAGGUGGUGGGAGGGGUAUCGCUGAGGCCGGCGCGGCUCCGGCACCUGACGCCCGGGGAGGCCAGCGCGGGCUCCUUCCUGCCGCGGAGGCUGCAGCUGGCACGGACCGCCGCGAGGCCAGCGAGGCGCGCGCUGGUGGUGGAGGCCCGCGGGGGCAGGGGCUGGUCGGACCGGCAGUCCCAGCAGCAGCGGCGCAUGCCGCAGCUCCCCAAGAUCGAGGACGACGGCAACCCCCGCUUCGUCAUCUUCAUCCGCACCGCCAAUGUGUUCUUCUGGUACCCGCUCAACAUCGUCACCGGCGGCACCACCGCCAAGAUCAUGCUCGCCGCCAAGGACAACUUCCUCGGCAAGUACAUCUACAAGGACACCCUCGCCCGGAACCUCGCCACCGUCAUUUACAAAGACGAGGACGACAUAAUCGACUUGGCGAAGGAGCAGUUCCGCGUGCUCAAGGGCGAAACCGAGUUCCGGUACGGCUACAAGAUCGUGGAGAAGGGGAACCUGAGGUCUGCACUGGCUACAAGCAACGUGCUCGAGCUCCCAAAGAAAGAAGAGCUCAAAAGUGUCGUUGACAAGGUGAGGGACUUCUUUGGUGAGGUAACCUCCGGUGCCAAAGAAUCCUUUGCGCAGAUAACAGGAUCUGCCAGCGCAGCAGAGGCCGAAGCAGAAGCAAAAGCAGAAGACGAGAGGCCCCGCUCCAAGAGACGAGGAAGCAAGAGGAAAGGGAAGCAGCAGAAGCCCAAGCAAGGGUUCAAGCCCGAGAGCUGAUUGGAAGCGUGGAUCCAGUGGACCGCCGGCUGUACUUUUCCGAGAGCUGCUCUGUAGCACACCUGAGGCUUUUGAGUUUUGCAGCACACAAUGUGUAACCUCCCUGUGGGUAACAACAAACUUUGUUCAUUUCUCACAGAAUAUAUAUGAUGUUAGGCAGCCCCGCGAAAUCUUAUAAAUGAGCCAAUUGAUGUACUUACAGAACGGCAAAGAUCACAGCUGUAUAUUGAAUUUCAAUCUUUGCAAGAGUUAACAGUUGUUGUA